CAACAUGAGUCGGGGUAUUAAAGUAGCUUUAGCCCACUGACAACCCGGUGAUCGGCCUUGUAUUUGUUUACUUUUUGCUGUGAAAUAGAGCGGUGGACAGGUACAGAUCAUGAGAAUCCGUAGAAAUCCACUGCCCCGCCGGCUGGUGGACAUUUUGUGCUUCCUUCUCAUUGGCAUCUUUCUGCCGGUGGUCUUCAUGUUCGAGAUUGUGGUGGUGCUUCCCAAUUUCCACGAUCCAGGUAGUUUCUUCCACACCCUGCACUUUUUGAUGGCCAUGUUCCUCGUCUUCAAUAUCAAGAGCAACAUGAUUGCCUGCAUGAUGAUCGAUACGAGUUGUGAUGUCAAGAAGAUAGAACCACCAGAGGAUCAUUCGGAUUGGCGAGAGUGCGACAUCUGCCAGAAAUUGGCCCCGCCCAGGUCUUGGCAUUGCAAGAUCUGUGGGGUUUGCGUCCUGAAGAGAGACCAUCAUUGCAUAUACACCGGCUGCUGCAUCGGUCACCGAAACCAUCGCUUCUUCAUGGGAUUCAUCUUCUACCUCUUUGUGGGAUCCGUGUACGCCCUGGUGUACAACUCUAUUUACCUGUGGGUGUUCCAGGCCCACAUCUACUGCCACUGGUUCACACUAUUCAAACUGCUCAACCCACUGUUCCUUCUUUUCACGGGGAACUUCUGGAGCAACAUGUACCUGAUCUUCUACGGCUUGAACAUCCUAGCCUUCUUGUAUGGCGUUCUUCUUUUGGCCUACCAUGUGCCCAUCAUUUUGCGAGGAGGAGUUUCCGCAGAUCGCACUUUGGCGAGCAAACACAGAUACGAUCGAGGAGUCCGCCAAAACCUUAGAAGCGUAUUUGGCAACCGCAUGCACUUGGCGUGGAUAUCGCCGCUAAUACGCAGCGACCUGCCGGAUGAUGGAUACCACUGGAAACCUACCAUCGAUGAGCAGGAGAAAGACUGAUUUAAAUUAGAGAAUAUUUUGGAGUAGCCCAAGGACAUCACCUACCUGGGUAUCCCAUAAAUAAGUACUGACACUCUUGACACCUUCGGUUGGAUGUUUAGCAACCUCAGGGUCGUAAAGUUGCAUCCAAUUCCGCCAUUGACAAUGGAGGCACCACCAUUCCACUCUACUUGGCUCUCGUCCAUGAUCAAAAUCAGGUUAAUAUAGAAGAUAAAAUCACCCUGCAUUAUAAAUACUUAAUAAAAACCAUUUUAAAUGUUGA